AUGUAUGCAGAGACGAAGGCUGAUCCGAGAAGGCACGCUGCUCCUGCCAACCAGUGGGAAUCUGGGGAGUCCGACACAGAGCGCCUGGACCAGGAGAGAGCCUACUAACAGCAGCUACAAAUGCACAUUGGCCACCAUGAUCAAAACAAUUACGCUCUUCCUGAAAAGGAGAAUGCUGAGAGCUUGCUGCAGGGAGAAGAGGAGGAUGAGGAUGACACUGAAGAUCUUCAUGUUUAUGAUAGCCUAGACGUAGCAUCCAACCUCCAUACCAAGAGGGGCCCAGCCCUCCAACAGACUGAAUAUUUGGAUACCCAUAUGGACGAAAGAGGAGGAUGGUGUCAUCGGCUGCUGCCUGAUGACACCUAUUCUGACCUGCGAUAUGACCCCAGCUGGAGGACCAACGUGAAGGGAAAUGGCCGCUUCAUUGAGAGACCACAGAAUUCUGUUGAGGGAUAUCCCCAAGUCCCUAAAGAGAAACCUUCUCAUUCAUUCGAUGACGGAAGAGCACUGGGAAAAAAAGGAGGAUACAGAUGCAUUGUUGACACAAGUCCACCUGUUGUGACUCCACAUAAAGCUGGCAAUAAGUCAGACCAACCGUUUCGCCUACACCCAGAAGAUGGUUUUACAAGCACGGCAGCAUCUCCCCAAGGUCACAAACACGCUUGUCAGAGAAGGUCACCAGAAGCUCACCUUUCCGAAGCUUCCACUAAAAAGGAAAAUGUCAGCAGGUUGCAGAGAGGAAUCAGCGAGAGCUAUGAGAGAAGCUUUGACAGUGAACAUUUUAGUGGGUCUCCGAAUAUGAGCGAUGACCUACAUGGCACAGAAUUUCGGAUGCAUUACCAACAAUCGAGAUGUACACAAGGGGGACCCAUCCAGAAAAUGAGCACCUCUGCACUGCCAAACCCAAAUGUUUCAUCAAACAACAAGCUACAAAGCCUGGUGGAGGACAAAGUGAAACUUAACAAAAUAACCCUUGGGUGCAGCAGAUCUAAACAUGGCUCUUAUGUGAGGGUGCAUGCACGCAAACAGAUGCCCAAUGUGAAUGAUGUGCAGGAAACUGUUAAGAAGCCGACUCCAGCAGAGAAUCAGCAAGACUGCUCGGACCCUGAGCUGAGGUUGCUCCAAAAAACACAACAGUUGCGGCUCACCCAGAUCAGCAAGGGGAAGAAAGGCCAGUGUAAAGAGUACCCCAACCCCUCUCAACGGCAGCCCCCAGGUGUGGCGGUCAAAGCUGAGCGGGGAGAUUGUUUGAGUGUCCCAUUAGCUCAAGCAGCUGCUAGAACUCAGCCUGAACCUCAGAACACGACUUCCACACAGCCUUUGCCCCAGGCCAUCCACCUCAACAUCAACCUGAACACGUCAUCCCAUCUUCUUUCAUUACUUCAGCAGAGGGAUGGCCAGGAGGCUAUCAUCAACCUAGCUUCUCUGCAUGGUCAUCCUCACUGGAGCCCCACGUCUGAACUUCAACUUGCCUUGACCACGGGAUACAAACAAAAAAACUAUUCUAGAAAGUCCUUCUUGUCUCGGGAAGUGCUGAAUACACAGCUUCUCCACCGUAACCUGGAGGGUAGUCCUGAACAAUGGCAAAGGACGAGGGCCUCACAGUUGCCAUUAUCCUGUGAAAAAGACGAGGAGACUCGAAGCCCCCUCAGGACUCCUACUACUGCUUCUUCACAGGGCACGGGCUCGUACACUGUUCUUCCAGCUAUAGGAAAGCCCCUGACUGGAGCAGAGCCUGCGCUGAGCCCUUGUCAGAGUGAGAACACAGCCAUCAAAAUCCAUAGCAGUAACUCCGACAGCUACCUGGUUCAGAUGGAGAAACAGAAGCAGCUGAAAGCGAGAGUUAAUUGCAAGGCAUACAAGCAGAUGAGGACAGACACAAAUCAUCGAGGUCUGUGUCCUGAUUACGCAGCCAUUGAAAAGACAAAAAUGAAACGGCAGAAGCUGUAUUCAAAUGUGAUCCAUGAACAGAACAAAAAAAUGAGCAGGAUUCCCUUUCUACCAGCCAAGGACCCGGAAGACAAAGUUCCCAGGAUAAAGGCCUUAGAAUAUGCCAAGACCAUAGCCAAACCCCCUGUAAAGUCUCAACCUAAACAGAGGCAGAAGUUCAAGACUGAAGACUUCACGGAGCUCGCUCCUCAAUGGCAAGGCUCAGAUGUAUCCCUGCUGACCAACCUGGACGUCCUAAGAAAACGGCAUGAGGAAGAAAAACUGGCUGUGGCCCCGUUCAGAAAAGGGCCUGCUUUCUGAGGCAAUGGGAAAUUCACAUUAACACUUCAUGGAACCUGUGCGCUUUUAUAUAUACUCCCAGAUGUGGCGCACAGUAUGACGGCGAAGUUCUUUAGUCCUGGUGUCAUAUCAACAAAUCAGUUUCGUAUAUACACACUUUGUUGUGCUAUUUAAAGGUCACACAAGCUUUUUAUAUAUUAAAGUUGCAGUGUGUAGAAUUUAGUGACAUAAAGUGGUGAUGUUGCUUGUUGCAACUGAAUACCUCACGCCUCAUCCUCCCCUUCCAAACAUGAAGGAGAACCAGUGGUAACCUUCAGUUGUCAUAAAAACUCAAAGGGUGUUUAGUUUGUACAGUCUGGGCUACUACAAGAAACAUGGCGGCCUCUAUAGAGAAGACCUCCCCUGAUGUAAAUUUAAAUUUAAAGGGCCUGUUCUAGGGUAAAUAAAACAAUUUGUAAAAUUUAGACGAAACACACGUGACAAAAUCACUAGGAUUAUUUUAUAUUAAAUAUAUUUCAAUAGAUCCCUUUCAUCUAAAUCUUACACACUGCACCUUUAAAUGGUAUGUAUUUAUAUAGAGCUUUUUAUAGUCUUGAUGACCACUCAAAGCGCUUUACAGUACAGUUAAACAUUCACACAAUGCAUCUUUUAGCAACACUUUUCUCUAUGAGAAAUGGCAACUUGGGGUUCAGCAUCUUGUCCAAGGACACUUCAACAUUCUGAAUGGGGAAGAUUGGGAUCGAACUGCCGACCUGCUGGUCAGAGGACGACCACUCCAGCCCCUUAGCCACAGCCGCCCUGUUUAUUACCACUGUGCCCUGUGUGCUGUUCUCACAUCAAAAAUACACCUGAAGCUCUCAAUGUGUAUGGUCAUAAUAAACGGUGAAAUGAGUGAAAGCCUGAUAAUAGAAACACUAACAACAUUCGUUUCUAAAACAUAAACUCUGGAAUGUAUCAAACCAAUAUCAAGAAUUCUGGCCAGUCAAUGGAGCCAAACAAAUCAAAAUUUGGUCGGAGGGAUGUGCGGAGUGUCAGAGCUGUGAGAAACAGUGUAUGUAAUUCCAGAGACCCUUACUUUUUCCAUUGUUGACUAACUGACCAAGCGCCAGCAGCUGAAGGCACUUUGACGCUGGAUCACUGCUCAGCUGUAGUCAUCGGCCUUAAAGUUCUCCUUUGCAGUGUUUCAGUCACCGCUUGGCUUUUCAUUGAUAAUUGUUUAGAGCUCCAUUCACCCGACUGAGUUAUGUAGCUUUAUCUGUAGUUGAUGCUUUGUGCUUUUACUCCUUCAGUGAUUUUGUUCAGUUUGAUUUUCUAGUUAACUGGGAUGCACUGUCUUGAUACUGCAAAAUAGCCAUGAUACAAAAUGCUAAAAGAUAAUAUAGUAAAAUAAUAAUAUAUUAAUGUUUUUCUUGUUCAUAUGAAAAUAUCAAACCCCCUAUUGAAAUGUAUUAAGCAGCCCAAACAAAUACGUCCUACGCUUUAUGCACUAAUUCUACUUUCUGAUGGGACCCUUAUCUACAGUACUUGGCAUAUAUAGGAUCGUAAUUAUACGAAAGAAUAUGCACAUUCAUUUUGAAGGAAGUCAUCCCUACCUCAUCUAUAAGAUCAAAUGUGUAAAGGCCAGAGUUUUUGCAAUAUAGGUUUGAUACAUUUGAUUAAUUUCAAAAGUUACAUUUUAACACAAUGUUAUUGAGUUGAUGAUGUGAUAUAACCAUGCUCCUGACUCACACUACUGUCAGCAGUGUCUUAGACGUUGUCACUGACAACCUUUUGGAUUUAAUGACACUCAAUCAUCUAGUAUGUUAACAGUGACAAUGAACAAUCAAUCACCAACAGCACUUAUGCUUUUUAUUAUCAUCAUACAGUAUAGUCAAUCAUGUCCACACUCUGUUUUCAUAUAGGCCUAGUGGCAGGUGAUUCCCAUGUUCCAUGUUAUUUCAGUCCCCUUAACUAGCACAUAACAUAACUUGCAAUAAUCUGAGUUCUCUAUGUUCUGGUCAGAUUUCUCUGUCUUUGGUGCUACAGUCCUCUAGCAAUGUUCCAAGUAGCAGCUCCUCCCGACACAACGCUCGAGAGCAGCUCAUUUUACUAAUUGAACCCUCAGAUCAUUAUCAAAGCACUAUUUACCUCUGUGCAAUAUUUUAAUUAGAUUAUAGUCUCUAUUUAACCCAUCAUGGACUCUUUGAAGCUCUGCGUUUUUAGUGUUAAGUCCUCAGAUGCGUGGUUGAAAACAAAUGACGAAGCCCUUUUUUAAUUUAAUGAGAACCGCUGCCUAUCCACACUGAGUCUCUUAGCAUCUUUUUUUAUUUUGGUCCCACCUACUCGUUUUUUUGCCAUUGAAAUCCAGUUUAUUGAAGGAGUCUUUCACUGCUCUACAUGAAGGGGGGCAAAUUAGCAUCCCUUUCUGCCCAUUGGGAAGCUACGGCAGACGUGGACGCUUUGAUGUGAGAAGUGCGCUUUCAGUAGACGGCAAGCUUCCUGAAAAUGAGCUGAUGGCCCUGCUAUUAGGCUCAAAUGCAGAUGCGUCCAUGUGUUGCAAAACACUUAAUCUUUUAAUUGAUCACCUUCUGCAUGGCCUAUUCUCUACAUAGGGUUUUCACCAUUACCUAAUCAGAAUCGCAUACAACAUGAAUUGCUUCUCAAAAGGCAGCAAGGGAGAGUAAAUCCAGUGCGAAGGUGAAGAGAAGACAGCAGGCUAUUGUGCAAAUCUCCAGUGAAUCAUGAAAUAUAUGUCAAAAAAAUAUGUAAUGUAUGUUAUAAAGCUAGUUAAUAUUAUGAAAUGAGUGUGUCUGUUUCUGUGAGCAGAUACUAUUAUGAAAUCUAUUUUUCACAAUGAAUACUUCCUAUCCCUUCACCCCUCCAUACUUUCAUAUUACUGUUAUGACAACUUUACAAUGCUCGGAGAACGUUGUAUGACAUUGCGCUUCUGCAGUCUUAUGGCAGCUUGAAGUGUGUCGGUGUGGCUGUGGUGUAUUUGAUUUAUUGGACAGUUGCAGAUUUAGAUUGUCUUGAAUAACUUGAAUGAGA